UAGGGUUGCCACCCGUACUUUUAUAAAAAGUAUUGUACUCUAUUUUAGCUUUGUGUACUUUAUAUUUUACGAAGCACUAAAAGUACGCCAAAAUACUUUAUUUACGACCUUUAUUCAUUAAUUAUAUUUUUUUAAGCGAAACAUGCAAAUAUUGGAAAUUUCAUAUCUAUAUUCACCAGGAAAAUACAUUUGACAAUGUUCCUGAACGCAACCUUAAUCAUACGCUUCGAACUUGACAAGUCAACGGUUGACAUUGACAGCUGUCAAUAAAGUUUUCGUUGGCGGUUUAACUCGGCGGGUAAAUGCUAAGUAUAAAAGUUUUGCGUUGAAUUGUUAGUUUUCUUUGAAUCGUGUGAAGCAGUCGAAGUUUCUUUAAAUUAAAAUGGAAAGAGACUUGAGUGACGAAGAUUCGGUGGCAAGUCCUAGUGUGAACAGCUACAACUACAAUACGCCUAAAAAACGUAAAGUGCAAAAACGCAUACAGAAAUAUAAAACUACUUGGGAAGCUGAUUUUCCAUGGAUGAAAGGCGAUCCAAACAAUGAGUUCAAUGGAAAAUGCACCGUAUGUGGCGUUGUGUUCACAAUUGCAUCAGGUGGCUUAGGACGAAUUCCAGCACAGCAACCAGCAUUCGACUAGGCCGAACCAAAAUGGAGGCUUUAGUAACUGAGGUGUUGGGGCCAUAUUCUCUUCAGGGUGUUAUAGAUGAUUUAAAAAAUUAAGACCAAUACUUCAGCCUUCAAACAGAUGCAUCUAACAAAAAAAAUAUUAAGCUGUUUCCUCUUGUUGUGUAAUAUUUCUCUGCAAAAAAUGGUCUUCAAACAAAGUUGCUUGAUUUCUAUGAAAAUAGUAAUGAAAGUGCAGAUGGCAUGUUUAAUGCAGUAAAGGAGUCAUUGGAAAAUCUUAGUUUGACUUUUGAAAAUGUUUGUGGAUUUAGUGCUGAUAAUACAAAUGCAAACUUUGGUGCUCGACACUCUCUAUUUACAAAUAUUAGAGAUGAGGUCCCGGAUGUGUUAAAAGGCAACUGCCAUGCACAUAUUAUUCACAAUUGUGUGAAGCGUGCCAUGGACUUCCUUUCUUAUGAUGUUGAAAACGUGAUUUUAAAAAUUUACAGUCACUUUGCACAUUCAGCAGUAAGGAGAGAAGAAUUAAAAAAAAUUGUUGAAGCAGUUGAUGGUAAUUUUCAUGAAUUGAAACGACAUGUGGGAACACGCUGGCUUUCACUUUUACCUUGUGUGGACACAGUUUUGAUAAACUGGACAGCGAUAAGAAAUUAUUUUGUAAGUCUAGGUGAAGAUUGCCCAAUGAUAAUACAAAAUUUAUUAUUAUUGAAUAGUAGUGAAGAUUUAAUAGAAGUGUAUUUAAAUUUUUGCAGCCAUAUAUUAAAUGUAUUCAGUAAAACUAUUAAGAGCCUGGAGGGUGAUUCUAUUACAGUCUUAGAUGUUUUCAAUAUAAUGACAAAUAUAAAAAAAGAUUUACUGAAAAGAAAAGAGGAUAAAUUUUAUGGAUUUAUGACAAUGCAGAAAAUAGAAUCACUGGAACAAUCUUCACCUGGACAGAAAAAUAAAAUCUGUAAAAACUUUGAUUUAUUUAUAUACAAAGCUGUAAGUUAUCUAGAAACAUGGUUUAACUUUGAUAAUGACAACUGGUUAGCCAUCAUAAGUCACUUUGACUUAAAUUCGGCAUUAUCCUUUCAACAGAUUUUUAAAAUAGUUGAAAUGUUGAAUAUGCAAUCAAAAUUAGAUAUGGAUUGCCUUUAUACAGAAGUAAACCUUCUAAAUGAUGUGAGGGAAAAAAUUUACAACAGUAGUUUUAAGGAUUUUUGCACGGCCAAAAAAUGGGAAUCCAUCUUUUCUCAGGAAACAGUGUUUCCCAAUAUAUUUAAAGUGAGGGGAUUAUGGUAG